AUGAGCUCAUCAUCAUCGCCAUCGCCACUAACAUCAGCACCAACAUCGCCUGUCCCUAGUAGAUGUUAUGAUAAAGAGCCGUUAUAUGACGAGGCUAAUGACUAUAUAGACGAAGACCACAUAAGCGAGUUUGCCAAGGCUCUAGUGUGGCAAGAAUACGACGAUGCCACUACAACAUCCCCAGCUACUCCGUUGCAUGGCCCUAUAAAUAUAGAUACGCACGAUAUAUCUUCACCAGAAUCAUCACUGGAUACAGAAGAAAUAGACACCAACCACCACCACCACCACCACCAUAAUAAUGGCAGUACAGUUGGCACAUUAUUGGCGGACGAAGGGGCAGAGGUGGGUGCCAAACCAGUACAGAAACCAGAUUUGAUUUCAUCCAAAAACGACUGGUUCCCCAUCAAUAGCAAGGAAUACCAGCCGCGGAAACCCAAGGGCAAAGGCAAAGCCAGCAAUAAGCAGAGGCGAACUUCGUCCACUUUGAAAAAUUUGCAAAAUGAAUUUAGAAACAGUGCUAGCUUCACCUUACUCCGAUGGCCCAUCUUGACUUGUGUCUUUAUCUGGAUCACCAUCUUGGGGCUAUUCUACUUUCUCGUGCGGGUCUACGUGGCGCUACUGGAGUAUUUCUUUACGUGGACGGGAGAGCGCAAGAAGUUGAGAGAUGCCUUGCGCAACUCCAACUCUUAUGAGGAAUGGGUGCAAAAUGCCAAAAAAUUGGACCGAUAUCUAGGGUUGGACAAGUGGGCCGAAAACCCUCGGUUUUCCUAUUACGAUUCACAAACGGUGCGAUUGACGAUUAACAAGUUGAAAAACGCCCGCUUGCAUAAUAACCAGCAUGAACUAUUGGUCUUGCUUCAUGGGUGUUUGAAAAGAAAUUUUGCCGGUAUCGAAAAUCGUCAAUUGUACUCUCACAUGUACUACGGCACCAAAAACUUGGUUCAAGAGUAUUACAAAGAAGUUGUUCUUUGCAUCGAUACAAUCAUCGACUCAAAGGAACUCAACAUCGAGGUCAAGUACAAAUUCUUCAAAACGGUGCUGCAGAACCUCGGUAAAUCGGCAUUGUGUCUCAGUGGUGGGGCAUGCUUUGCAUACACACAUUUCGGGAUUGCAAAAGCAUUGUUGGACCAGGACUUGUUGCCCAACAUCAUCUCGGGCACAUCUGGCGGUGGUUUAAUUGCAAGUUUACUCUGUACCAGAACCGAUGAGGAGUUGAAAAAACUCUUGGUGCCGCAGUUGGCGAGAAAAAUUACCGCGUGCGAAGACCCGUGGUACAUUUGGAUACCGAGGUUGCUCCGCACGGGGGCAAGAUUCGAUGCCAUUGCAUGGGCUAGAAAAUCCAAUUUCUUUACUCACGGCUCAACGACUUUUGAAGAAGCUGCGGCAACCACCGGCAGGAAAUUGAAUAUAAGUACGGUGCCGGCAGAUCCGCAUUCACCUGUCAUUUUAUGCAAUGACAUUACGUCUCCACACUGCAUCAUCUGGUCUACAUUGUUGGCGUCCUCGGCAGUUCCAGGUAUAUUGAACCCCGUUGUGUUGAUGAUGAAGAACCCUGCCACUGGCGCAGUGGUGCCCUUUUCCCUCGGCAGCAAAUGGAGAGACGGUUCUUUGAGAACAGAUAUACCUGUGGAUGCCCUCAACACUUAUUACCAUGUCAAUUUCACCAUCGUUUCUCAAGUGAAUCCGCACAUUUCCUUGUUUUUCUUUGCACCAAAGGGCACAGUCGGAAGACCAGUGUCAAUGUCGCGGAGAAAGACCACCAACGAGAAGUUUGCAUCAUUUAGAGGCGGGUUCAUUGCCACUGCAUUGGAGCAAUUGUUCAGACUCGAAAUUAAGAAAUGGCUCCAGAUUGUCAAAUCGCUCGAUCUUUUACCGCACGUGUUGCAGCAGGAUUGGUCCAACGUGUGGUUGCAAACAUUCACGGGAACCAUCACCAUUUGGCCCCGAAACAGGUUGAGUGAUUUCUGGUACAUUUUGGCGGACCCGACAGAAAAGAGAAUGGAGGAGUUCAUAUCCAAGGGCGAGAGGAGCAUGUAUCCUAAAAUCUUGUUUAUCAAAAAUAGAGCAUCACUAGAGAAAACCAUUGAGAAGGGGAGAAAGCUUGCAUCGUUGGCCAUGCGCGGGGCCAAGGUGAACGUGGCACUCGACUCCGACGACGAUGAAGACUACGAGCCAAGCGACUACGAUUUGGCCAAGUUUAAAAACACCAUUGGCUUGACCAAUGCCGACAUGGAGUUGUUUAGCAACUCCCUUGACGGAGAGGACGACGAUGAAGAUUACGACUUGAAUGAUCUGUACGAAAGUGAUGCGUUUGAAAGAUUAGCAUUACCACGCAAAGAAGGACAUCGUCGAAACACCGUUUUUUAG